AUGGCGUCCGGCAUGCUCACCAAGUUCGAGUCCAAGUCCUCGCGGGCAAAGGGCAUUGCCUUCCAUCCGAAGAGGCCCUGGAUUCUCGUCUCCCUGCACUCGUCAACCAUCCAGCUCUGGGACUACCGCAUGGGCACCUUGAUCGACCGCUUUGAAGAGCACGAUGGCCCCGUUCGUGGCGUCGACUUCCACAAGACCCAGCCGCUUUUCGUGUCUGCCGGUGACGAUUACAAGAUCAAGGUCUGGUCGUACCAGACGAGGAGAUGCCUCUUCACUCUCAAUGGACAUCUCGACUACGUCCGCACCGUCUUCUUCCACCACGAAUUGCCUUGGAUCAUUUCCGCCUCAGAUGAUCAGACAAUCCGGAUAUGGAACUGGCAGAACCGGUCCCUGAUCUGCACAAUGACGGGCCACAACCACUAUGUCAUGUGCGCGCAGUUUCACCCGAAGGACGACCUCGUCGUGUCCGCCUCCCUCGACCAGUCUGUCCGUGUUUGGGACAUUUCGGGCCUCCGCAAGAAGCAUUCUGCACCUACAUCAAUGUCUUUCGAAGACCAAGUCGCCCGAUCGAACCAACAGCAGGCCGACAUGUUCGGCAAUACCGACGCCGUUGUCAAGUUUGUUCUCGAAGGCCACGAUCGUGGUGUGAACUGGGUGGCAUUCCACCCUACUGCGCCCCACAUCGUUUCGGCUGGCGACGACAGACUGAUCAAGCUGUGGCGCUUCAGCGAGACCAAGGCAUGGGAAGUUGACACAUGCCGUGGUCACUUCCAAAAUGCAUCAGGUUGUCUUUUCCAUCCCCACCAGGACCUCAUCCUGUCGUGUGGUGAGGAUAAGACAAUCCGCGUCUGGGACUCGCAGAAGCGCACAGCAGUGCAGUCGUUCAAGAGGGAGAAUGACCGGUUUUGGGUUAUCGCAGCGCAUCCAGAGAUCAACUUGUUUGCUGCCGGCCACGACAACGGUGUUAUGGUGUUCAAGCUUGAGAGAGAGCGUCCGGCCUCGACCGUCCACCAAAACUCGCUCUUCUUCAUUACCAAGGAGAAGCAUGUUCGCUCUUUCGAUUUCCAAAAGAAUACUGAGAGUCCCACGCUUCUGUCCCUCAAGCGACUUGGCAACGCCUGGGUUUCGCCGCGGACACUUUCAUAUAACCCUGCGGAGCGCUCCGUGCUUGUCACCUCCCCGGCUGAGGGUGGCACAUACGAGCUGAUUAACCUCCCGCGUGAUGGCUCCGGAGCCACUGAUGCGACAGACUCAAAGAGGGGACAGGGUAAUUCCGCCAUUUUCGUGGCGCGCAACCGUUUCGCCGUGCUCAGCACGGCCACACAGACCAUUGAUAUCAAAGAUCUGUCAAACAACACGGCGCGUUCAUUCAAGCCCCCACACGGCACCACUGACAUCUACUUUGGCGGCACGGGCAACUUGCUCAUUAUCACGCCUACUGCGGUUCACCUGUACGACAUCCAGCAAAAGAAGAGCGUCGCGGAGCUCGCUGUCAACGGCGUCAAGUACGUCGUGUGGUCCAAUGAUGGUCUUCAUGCUGCUCUGCUGAGCAAGCACAAUGUGACGAUAGUGACCAAGUCACUAGAGCAAGUCAGUACGCUGCAUGAGACCAUCCGGAUCAAGAGCGCCACCUGGGACGAUGCUGGCGUCCUGCUGUACUCGACUUUGAACCAUGUCAAGUACACUCUGAUGAACGGCGAUAACGGUAUCGUGCGGACACUCGACCAGACCGUGUACCUCGUAAGGGUCAAGGGUCGGAACGUGUACUGCCUAGACCGCAGCGCGAAGCCCAAGGUUCUGCACAUUGACCCCACUGAAUACCGAUUCAAGCUCUCGCUCGUGAAGCGCAACUACGAGGAGAUGUUGCACAUUAUCCGCACCUCCAGCUUGGUUGGCCAGUCCAUCAUCUCCUACUUGCAGAAGAAGGGCUACCCGGAGAUUGCGCUGCAGUUCGUCCAAGACCCACAGACUCGCUUCGAGCUUGCCAUUGAGUGUGGUAACCUGGACGUCGCCCUCGAGAUGGCAAAGGAGCUGGACAGGCCGAAGCUCUGGACCAGACUCGGAGCUGAAGCUCUUGCCCAUGGCAACCACCAGAUUGUCGAAAUGUGCUAUCAGAAGCAGAAGCAGUUUGACAAGCUCUCUUUCCUGUAUCUCGCAACUGGUGACCACUCCAAGCUCAGCAAAAUGGCCAAGAUUGCGGAGCACCGCGGCGACUUCCAGGCGAGAUUCCAGAAUGCCUUGUACCUUGGCGAUGUCGAGGACAGAAUCCAGAUGUUCAAAGAGAUUGACCUAUAUCCUCUGGCCUAUUUGACGGCGAAGGCCCACGGCCUGGAGGAGGAGUGCCAGAGUAUCCUGGAAGUCACCGGUGUUACGGAAGACCAGCUGUCGCUUCCGACACUCAGCGAACCUUUGACGACUUUGAAGCCGAUAGUACCAACAUUCAAGGCCAAUUGGCCCACCAAGGCAACCUCGCAAUCGUUCUUCGAGAAGGCCCUUGCUGGUCAGCUUGAGGGACUUAGCAUUGAGGACGAGCCUUCUGCGGCUGCCAAUGGAUUGGAGGGUGACCUCCUGGGAGAUGAGAUGCCAGCCAAGAAAGCCGCCGUACUCGAGGACGACGAGGACGAUGCUGCCGGAUGGGACAUGGGUGAUGACAUCGCCCCGGAAGCCGAUAGUGACUUUGUCAAUGUCGAGAGCACGGAUGCGGCUGGAGCGGGGAGCAGCGAAGCUGACAUGUGGGCUCGCAACUCACCCCUGGCUGUCGACCACAUCGCGGGAGGAUCAUUCGAGUCUGCGAUGAACCUCCUGAACAGACAAGUCGGUGCCGUCCACUUUGCACCUCUCAAGCCACGAUUCUUGGAGGUUUACACGGCCUCGCGGUCUUUCUUGCCUGCUUCUGCGGGGCUUCCUCCCCUCGUCAACUACAUUCGACGUACCAUUGAUGAGACAGAUCCUCGCAAGGUCCUGCCCAUUGUUCCUCGAGAUCUCGAGUACCUGGCUACAAAUGACCUCCAGAAAGGUUAUGACUCCAUGAAGACCAACCAGCUCGAGGACGGUCUUCGCUUGUUCAAGGGUAUCCUCCACGCUAUUCUUGUCAAUGCUGUGUCCAGUGAGAGUGAGGUUGAGGAAGCCAAGAAGCUGGUCGCGUCCGCUAGCGAAUACGCCGUGGCCAUGUCUGUGGAGCUCGCUCGCCGCAAGCUCGGAUCUCCUGACGUUGUCAGUGGCAAGCCAGAGCUCCUGAAGAGGAGUCUGGAGCUGUCUGCCUACUUCACGAUUCCCAAGAUUGAGGUUCCUCACCGUCAACUAGCACUGCUGAACGCAAUGAACCUGGCAUCGAGGAGCAAGAACUUCAGCUCGGCAUUGAGCUUCGCCAACCGCAUCAUCGCGAACGGAGGAGCGGCCAGGAUUCUCGAAAAUGCCAAGCGAGUGAAGGCUCAGUGCGAGCGCAACCCGCAUGACGCUGUUGAGAUCGAGUACGACCAGUUUGCGGAGUUUGAGAUCUGCGCUGCCAGCCACACUCCCAUCUACAGUGGCGAUGCCUUUGAGUCGUGCUCUUUUGACGGUUCCAAGUACCACUCCAAGUACAAGGGAACGGUCUGCGCCGUGUGCGAGGUCUGCGAGGUUGGCAAGCACGGCAGUGGGUUGAAGCUAUUCGCGUAG